CAAUUGAUUGCAAAUAUUUUGUGUCUUUUGUAUUAUAGUGGGCUUGUUGCACUGUAAUAACUUUACAAGAUUUGAAACAAUUUGGUGUGAACAUCUCGUUUCUUGUCGAAUUUCCUAAAACAAUCAAUUUUGUAUCCUGUUGAAAUAUUUUGCUCUUGUAAAUAGCCAAGGAUAUCCUUUUACUACUUCAUUUCAUAGACUGUAUUGUACAUUUCUUUUCAACAUACAUUUAUUUUAAUCGGUUUUAUUCCUCAAGCUAGUCUCCGAAAUGAAAUUUACAUGUUAUUUUUUUAAACACGAAAUGGUUUUAUUUAAUUGAUAGCAACCAAAGAAAUGGAUAAUGCUUUAAUUUUCAUGGAAACAAACACGAUGAACACUUAACUUAAGAAUAUUGGACUGGAUGUUUUAAUUUUGUUUCAUAUUUUAUAUACCACUCAAAAUAUACAAGACUGCUUGAAAUCGUUCUCAAAACAAUAUAUUAUUGUCUUAAGUUACAGCAAGAACUUGAAAAUUGAUAAAAUAAGAAUUUUCAACUAAUUCAGAGUCGGAAGCCACUUUGACAAAGCUCCUAAAAGUGAACAACUGUGAUCAUACUAUAUCAGUGUGUUUUUAUGUUUUAUUUUGACAUAUAGAAUCGAGAGUUAAAAAAAAAAUCAUCUAAUUCUAUUAUAUAUACAUACAAGUAUAUACCCCAAAAUAUAUACAUACUUUAAACACACACACAUCGAGUUAAAAGAAACAGGAUAUCAUCUUUCUAAUUUGCCAUUUUAUUCACAUUAUGGGAGGCAGUUCAACCAAAAUUACUCGUUCUUCCUCUUUAAGGGAAAGACGUUUUAGUCGCAAAUCCUCUCGACACCGACGUACAAAAAGUGACAUGCCAAAUACUGAUCAAUUACUGACUUGUCCUGACUAUAUACGUCCAGCUACAAGAGGUUCCAGUAAUUUGAACAAAAUCGAACGCCUACGGAAUGCUGAUUUACCAAGCGAACCAAACAAUAUACCUUAUUCUUCAACGAAAAGAGGAUCUUCCGAUGUCGUGUGUAGUUAUUGUGGAGUGUAUACGGGAAAUGAAAACCAACCUUGUAAAGUCUGUGAUUUAGUUUUCCACAAAAUUUGCCUCAACAAAUAUUAUGUAGAAACAUGCAAUGGUACUUUGCUUGACAUGGAUCCUUGUCGAAUGAGUGAAGAGAGCUGGACUUGCCAUAACUGUGAGGAUCUUUUGGCUUUACUUACCAUUGAGGAAUAUAAUUCAUUGAUGAGGACGCUUGAAAAGUUUGGAAUAAAAAAAGAUACUGUUGUUACACAUGCAAACUUUUUACGUUUCCGAAGAGGAGUUUACAAUAAUAUUCAUGGAGAGGAUAUGAAACCUGAUGAAAUGAAGAAAUCAAUGCAGCAUUUUGAACAUAUGGAUGUGGAUAACAAAGGAGAAAUUAACUGGAAAGAUUUUAUAAACAGUGAAGUCAUCAGAAUUCUCAAGCAACGGCCUGAACAUAAGAUAACAUGUCUUUUAAAACCAAAAGAAAUAGAAGAAAUGCGUGCCAUAUUCAGAAGUAUUGAUAGCCUUGGCCAAGGAUCUGCCAAAAAGAAUGCUGUUCAAGGUGCAUUCAUUAAAUGGCUAACUAAAAGGAAGAAAAUCUCUGUUUCAAAAAGUAAAUCCAGAAAAUGUUCUUUGGAUGAAAAAAGAAACAAAGAAUAUAUUCGCAAACGAUCACUACCUGAAGAUAAUUCCAAAACAAUUACAUGGCAAGACUUUGUGUCUCAAUAUGCUCUUGCAGCCGUUGCAGUUCGACCUAAUACAUAUGGAUAUAUUUACACUGAUGAAUAUAUUCACUUACUAAGCAAUUGUUGAGAGAUAUAAUAAUGAACUUAAUGUGAACUGAAUUUUGUGAAUAUCACAAUUAUUUAAACAAGAACUAUUAUUAAAAAUGGAAUUAAGACAAACUCCUUACAAGAAUAUAAUAACAUAAAUUGUCUCUUGAACACCAAUGCAUGAUUAAAUAGACAAAAUCUCUUUGAUUCUCUGAAUGUGUUUUGUGCAAACUUUGCUGGUCCAACUAAACUGGAGAAAAUAAAAUUCUCUUGAAAGUUUAAAAACAAAUUAUAAAGAAUAAUGCUAAAUCCACUGAACAUGUUUCCUUUCCUUAUGCUAAGAUACGUGGCUCUAAUUACAAAUUUGAUCCCAUCCAUCCAGUAUGCUCGAGAAAAUCUAUUCUACUUUCAUCCUCAAAAGGUGACUACAUGUUUUUAUAGGAGUUUCAUCGACCACUUAUUGCGAUCAUCUGGAAAUCAUCAAGCAAAUUCCUACAUUACAGCCAGGAAAAUCAUUUUCUAUGUCAUUUUAGCAGUCUUUAUAAUACUACAAACAUAGUACAGUAAACCAUCAUCAUUCAUGACAUAGUACAUUCACUUGUCUUUGAAAUGUUUAUACUUCAAGCCUCCAAUGCAUACAGUUUCUCUUGGCUUCCACACUUAUUUUAUACUAAUCAUAAAACCAAAUCAUUUGCCCCUGUGUUUAAUCUAAACUAGCUAACAGCCUCUCCUACAUGUAUCCUUGAUCAACACACAAUUAAAGAUGCAGUGAU